AAAUGGCCCGCGGACGUAACCGUAGCUACUCGUGCCCACUCCCCGCCCCCACAAUCUACUGCCCUGCCUGACCACAAGAAGAGCUGCGAGCUACGCUCUGCUCUCUCUAGCCCUGGCCGUCUCCACCGAGGUCGCAGACCCUCCUGAGACAGAAGAGGAGGAAGAUGCCGUCCUGGUCUUAAAUUCGCGCAACUUCAAGGAGGCGCUGGCCGCCUAUGACUACCUCUUGGUGGACUUCUAUGCCCCUUGGUGUACUCCCUGUCGAGAGUUGCUACCUGAGUUUGCCAAGGCAGCAAAACAAUUGAAAGCUGAGAACUCUAAAAUCAGAUUGGCCAAAGUAGAUGCCACUGAAGAGGACGAUCUAGCAUUUCAGUUUAGAAUUCUAGCGUUCCCCACUAUCAAGUUAUUUAAGCAUGGAGAUACAUCUCUCUCUAGGGAUUAUACAGAUGGCAGAGAUGCUAAAGCUAUUGUGGAAUGGAUGAAGAAACGAAUGCAGCCAGCUGUCAUUAUUCUGGAAGAUGCUGCUGCUGUACAGUCUUUAGUGGAUUCCAACGAAGUUUUCCUUAUAGGCUUUUUCAAAGAUGCUCAGUCCACCAAUGUUGAGAAUUUCACAGCAGCUGCAGAGUUCUUUGAUGACAUCCCAUUUGGAAUCACUUACAGCGAGGACUUAUUCUCCAAGUAUCAGUUGGAUAAAGAUAGCAUUAUCCUCUUUAAGAAGUUUGAUGAAGGUCAAAGCAACUUUGACGGAGAGAUUACAAAAGUGAAGAUAGCGAAUUUUGUUAAUAUCCACAGGCUCCCCUUGGUCAUUGAGUUCAAUGAACAGACUGCCCCAAAGAUUUUUGGAGGUCAUUUGAAAACUCAUUUAUUACUGUUCUUGCCAAAGAGCAGUCCCGACUUUGAGGACCAAAUUAACAACUUCAAAAAAGCAGCUGAAAGUUUCAGGGAGAAAAUCCUAUUUAUCCUCAUUGACAGUGACCGAAGUGACAACGAGGGUGUCCUUAAUUUCUUUGCUCUGAGGAAAGAAGAGUGCCCAACUAUGCGCAUCAUUAGUAUGGAAAGUGAGAUGACCAAGUACAAGCCUGACUCAGACGAAUUAACUCCUGAGAAUAUAAAGUUAUUCUGUAAGCAGUUUUUGGAGGGCAAAUUUGACUCACAUCUGAUUAGCCAAGAUGUGCCUGAUGAUUGGGAUAAAGAACCUGUUAAAAUAUUGGUUGGGAAAAACUUUGAAAAAGUUGCUUUUGAUAAAAACAUGAAUGUCUUUGUGAACUUCUAUGCUCCUUGGUGUCCUCAGUGCAAAAAACUAGCUCCUGUUUGGGAUAAACUGGGAGAAGCUUACAAGGAUCAUAAAAAUAUAAUCAUUGCCAAGAUAGACUCAACAGUUAAUGAAGUAGAAUCAGUUAUAGUCCACAAUUUCCCCACACUGAAGUACUUCCCUGCAGGUUCUGAUAGAAAAAUUAUUGAAUACCAUGGGGCAAGGACACUAGAAAGUUUCCAGAGUUUCCUGGACAGUGGUGGCCAUGAGGGACGAAGGGAAGUAAGUCGCUUAGAAGUCCUAAAGGAAGCUGAAGAAACACAGUUAGAAGAUGAGGAUGAAGAAGGUGAUGUCCAAACUGAGAAAAAGACAUGAUAAAAGUAAAGAACAGGAUCAGCUCAGCUCAAAAGUAAGCAACUGCACUCUGAGUUGUACUAACCAAACUGCAAAUGCAUCUAAAGGCCUGUAAGAAUCCCAACUGAAGAAGAAGAGCACUCAUUAAAAACCCAGGGUUUAUGCAUGUGUGUUUUUAAUUAAGUAGUACAU